CACAAUCUUAUGACCCGAUAUGACACUGAUUUAAUACACAACAUGCUGACCCCACAGCUCUGGAAUGUUUACUUUCAAGUGCUUUUGUUCUUAAAUGGAGACAACUGUUCAUUUUCAAUACAAUAAAGAGCUGCAAAUCUCCACGCAGAAAGGCUUUUCUGUGUUCCCUGAACAGGAUGCUGUAAACUAUUGAGGCGGCCUACUGCCUUGGCCUUUGUCCAGAGGCAUUUCUGGAUUUAUGAUCCAUUCACGGCACAGCGCCUGGAUAAGGGCGGACCCCCACGUCCCCCCGAAUCUGCCCACGCUCAAAGGGGCGAAGCGCGCUGGUCCGUCCCGGGCCGGAGGCAGCCGCUAGCUUUCCUACCGAAGACGCCCAUUGUGCCUUCAUCAGUUCAACGGCCGUGAUUUCUCUGGGACUGCGUGAGAACCGUUGAGAUGUGCGCACAUACGCGCUAACGCCUUCCAAAGCCACCGCUCACCCGAAAUACAGAGAGGAGCUCAAAGUGCACCUUAAUGUGAGCGAGUCCAUCCCCGCUAUCAAAGGGACUUCAGCGCUGCUGCACCAGGUGUUGGUUUGUGUCGCACCACGUAUGUCAUCUGGAGGAAAGACCAUGUUUGUCAGUGGAAUACUGCUCCUGGGGCUGGGCUGUGUGCUGACGGCACCGACACCAGCAUCAAGUGAAAAUGGGCUGGACACCAACUUUUACAACAAGACGCUGGGGCUCAUUCCUCCCCACCUUCCCUCAAACAUCACAGCGCUAACUCUGAGCCGCAACCUCAUUGAGAUGUCAGAGGAGGACAUCGGGACGCUAAAGAAUUACACCAAACUGACGGAGCUCCAUCUUGACAACAACAAGAUAAGCGCUUUGCCCGACCACAUCUUCGACAGCCUCUCAGGCCUGAGGAUCUUCAACUUGUCUGGUAACAGCAUCAGCAGAGUGGACCCCCAGGCCUUCAAGGCCCUGGGAAUGCUGAAGGCGCUGGACCUUUCCCACAACCCCCUACAGUCCCUCCCGCCGGGGGUGUUUGCCAGCCUGACCAGCUUAGAGAGUCUCUCCGUAAAAGACUGCACCCUGCGGUCUCUGGAGAAGGGCACUUUCAGUAACCUGGUUAAGCUAAGGCGUCUCGACCUGGGGGGAAACGCCUGGAACUGCUCUUGUGACUUCCUGGAGAUAAUAAGAAACUCGGGAGCGGAGAUCAGCCCGGGGGCUGCCUGUGCCAGCCCAAAGGACAGAGAAGGUAAAGGCCUCCUGGACAGCAGCUUCUGCGUUCCCAAGCUGAUCACAACAAAACCGCCCGUGACCAUUAAAGCGAGCUCAACCCAGACAAUGAAGACGCUCACUCCUGGACGAAACAGCAGCUCCAGCUCCAUGAAUAGAGCUGCCCCUGCCCCGAGUGGAGGUGCCCCUCCGGGAGGGAGCACCUGGAAGUUCCUAGCGGGCGUGCUGGCGACGGCCCUCGGCACAUCCACGCUCCUCGUCUGUGCCAUCAAGGCGCCCUCCUGGUACAAGCUGCUCUUCAACUACCGCCACCAGCGUCUCCGCGAGGAGGCGGAGCCCAACGUCUUCACCACCGGGCGGUACUCCACCUUCAGCCUGGACACGGAGCAGACGGAGAUCAGCGCCCAGGAGCUGCAGGUGCAGCUGGAGGUGGAGAUGGACGACGAGGAUGGCUACAUCGAGGACCGCUACAUCGAAACAGCGGACUACAAACCGGUGGAUGACGCCUGAAAGGUAGUGCCCAGGUCACCGGCCGCAGACUGCAGGUGAAGUGGGCUUGAGCCUGGCUAAUGGACACAACCACAGAGGACUACAGCUGAAUCCAGGGGACUCUCAUUGACCUACACUUAUGAUUGAACUCAAGACACUUUUUAUUUUGAAAUGCAUCAAAAAUAUAUCUAAUGAGACUGAAAAACAAGAAAACAACAGUGACCAGCAGCACUGUUCUCAAUGCUUCACACAAAGGUUAUUUUUCCCUUCCAGCAUGACAAACCACACCACUAACCAAUAAGUUAAAUUUAGCACAACACCAAGGACCUCCACUUGCAUCCUGACUGCUCAGGGUUUAAACACAGAAAUGUGUUUAUUUAAAAAUGAUUCCCAGUAAACAGACCAGGAAUGAUGACUUUCAAAAUCAAAGCUUGCUUCAGACACACAAUCUAUUAUGUAUAUCUGGUAAUUCCUUAAAUCUUCCUAUGUUUUGACAACAGAGCAAUAAACCUGCAGACUGUGUUUUCAGACAGGGGCUUAUGGGAUUGAAGAUAAUACAGAGAUGAGACUUCCCUUUGCUAGUAAAGUAUCAUAUCAGCCUUUAAUUCAAUCUUGGCAAGCUACACAUCUCAGUUUCCCAUUUUAAGUAAACAACCUCACCUUGAUCAGGUAACGUC